ACUGCUUGUCCUGUAUUUUCUUUUUACAGGUUUCCAUGGGAACGUAAUUAAAGCGUUAUAAAUGUACCUCUCUCUCAUGUUGAGCAUUUUAAAAACCCAAACGAGUUCCAUUUCUCUUAUUCAAAAUGCAUUUAACAGCUCCAGUGUCUCACCUGUGUGUAUAUAUAACUAUAUUUAACCAGGAAAGUUUACUAAACCUGUUUAACUUGAGACUCCUGGCAAAGACAGCAGCACCACACAGGACACAGAGGUUAUAAAACACACUUAUAUUGCAUUACAUUAAAAUUACUAUGUAUGUUAUUUGAAUGAUGCAAUUCUCUCCCCCGCCCCUGGUUUUUCUGGUGUUUACUUUAGUUUCAUGCAUAACACCUUGUUUGUGUAGGUUGUUAGUUUUGGAUCCUGUUUUUGGGUUUGGUUUUCUUAUCUCUUUUUAUGUUUGUUUUUUGAGUGUUUGUGUUAAGGCGUGGGUUGUUCCUGACAAAAUAAUACCUAACCAAACUUAACUUCUAUAUAUGCUCUCAUUUAUAAAGCAGCAAACAGUCCCAGUAUUUCACCUACCCAUUGCAGCCAUUUUAUGUUACAAGUGAAGUGAUCAAGACAGAAGUUGAUAAUAGAGCUUUAAAGACUAAUGGAUUAGGCGUCAACUAUUGGGCUAACGUAUUCGCCAACUGAUUUUAUUGUUGAAUAAUUAUUAAGAGAAGAUGGCACUGGUUGUGGUUUGUGCGUUCCUGAGCCUGUCUUGUUGGGUCUCUCUCUACUUUAUCUUGUGUAACCUUAACGGGUCCAGGAGCUCCGAGUGGAACUGUCGACUUGUCACCCUGGCACACGGCAUCUUGGCAGUCUGCAUCACAGGAUACAUAGGCUAUGUGGAUGGACCCUGGCCUUUCACUUAUCCAGGCACUAAGAACACUCCUCUGCAGAUAGGUGCCAUGGUGGUGAGCCUGGGCUACUUUAUCUUUGAUAUGGCCUGGUGUGUGUACUUCCGCACAGAGGGACCCGUUAUGCUGGCCCACCACACCAUGAGCAUCUUGGGAAUCCUGUUGACCCUGUGGUUGGGGGAGUCUGGCAUCGAGUCCUGCGCGGUACUCUUUGGCAGCGAAAUCACCAACCCCCUCCUGCAGGCACGCUGGUUCCUCAAACAGACAGGACAUUACGGGACGCUGCUGGGGGACGUUGUGGACGUCCUGUUUGUGCUGCUGUUUGUGUUGAUGCGAGUCUUUGUGGGAGGCACAAUGCUGUACUGUGAGCUGAUCUCCCCAAGACCCAGAUUCUUUAUCAAGUGUGGGGGAGUGGCUAUGUACGCUCUAUCCUGGGUGUUUAUGGUGGACAUUGUUCGAUUUGCCAUUCGGAAGAGCAAGAGCUGGCAGAAACAGAAGAGGGACCAGCAAGAGAUAGUGGCAGCUAAUGGUCAUGACGGGAAGAAGGACUGAUCGGCUUGUGCUUCUCUAAAGGAAAUCUGUGUUUUUCACUUUGGACUCACAAGGGAAAGUGCAAAGAAAAUCAACUUUUUGUAUGUUAAACAGAUUUAAAAAGGGAUAUUUCAGAGUGAUGUCUCGUGACAUCUGUAAGGUCUAACACCUGUGCAUUUUUGGAAGAAAGAAAAAACAUUUUUUAUGCAGCUAUUGCAGCUGAACAUGUGUUUGAUUACUGAGUAAAAUGUGCAGUUAACAACACAGAUGUAGUUUAUGUCACUGAAAACCAAAGCACUUUCUAUAAACACAUGAGCAGAUGUUGCUUUCAGUUGCAGUGAACUGUGGCCUAGUCAUAUGUGGUGGUGUUGCUUCAAAUGAGAGCUCGAUGUUAGGAAAGAGACAGUUUACAUGUAAUGCCUGUCCUGCUUGAGAAAUUUUUGUAGUCAUUUCAAAAAAAGUUAGGAGUGGUUUCCUUGGAACCCUGUUUUUUUUUUUGUCUUUUUUUCGGUGCAUGGGAAACUGAGCAGAUGUGAAAGGUGUACUCAGGGAGAUGAAGUCAUACCAGAAAGUUCCAGAGAAAUGUGUGUGAUGUGUUUGAUUACUUUGUUAGAUUUAGUUUAUAGUUCCUAUAAGCUUUUGCCUGCUGUGUGAAAUCCUAUCGCAGAGCCUGCCCAAAAAACAUUUCAGUUAUUUUACUCGCCUCAUGUAAAGGGAUACACGGAAAGGAACCACUCAAUUACAUAGUUCUACACUGGUAAUGCUAUUUUGCAGUCCAUCUGGAUAUUUAUAUUAACGAUGAAUAUCUUGAAAUGUUUAAUGAAAUGGUGUCAGAGUUUGUACUUAUUAUAUUAAGUUAUCUGAAGUGUUUCCUCUCAGACGAUUUGCACUCUGUGCUGAUAGCUCCCAGUUAAUUUAAUUUAAUAGAGUCAUGUUUCAGUCUCACUGAGAUCUUGUUAGACAUGACAAUCAAAUGCAAUUUAUUGUGAGCUAUCUGACUUCCUCUUCAAUUCUUUUUUUUGUAUCCACCUUUAAAUCCUAGGGCAAAAUGAAAACCUAUGCAAUCAUGCUUUCAUUUUUUGUUUCUAGUCCCUAGAGUUUUACGCCGAGUUUCAGAGGUCACGUGUGUAGGAUUUAGGGGGAUAUAUUGGCAGAAGUGGAAUAUAAUAUAAUAAGUAUGUUUUCUUUAGCGUCUUAUCACCUGAAAAUAAGAAUUGUUUUUUCGUUUCGUUCAUUUACCUUAGAAAGAGCUGCUCUUAUCUACAUAAGGAGCGGGUGCUUGUUGACGGAGAUCUCCAUGUUGCACCGCCAUGUUUCUACAGGAGCCCAAAAUGGACAAACCAAACACUGGCUCCAGACAGGGCCAUUCGCUUUUUCGCAUCUGCCUUUGUAGUUAGCGCCCCCUCUCUGAAUGGAUUUGGAAGCGAUGUGACCUAAGUUGCGUGGCACAUAUCCGAAGAUCUCUCACAAAAUAGUGCAGACUUUUCUGGAGAUUCUCUACUGCACGCCAGUCUUUCACGUUUGGCGGCGUCAUGACUUGCCAUCAGUAAUUUGAGUUUCAUUUUAGGCAAACUCUUCGCGUGAAAAUGUUGAGAGUAGUUUUUUUCCCUCUUCUUCUGAUAUUUUUCUGGUAGAUUUAAGGUGACAGUAGUCCCAGAGUUUUAAAUUUUUAUUUAAUUUUAAAUGCAUUUAUUUUAAAAAGCAAGGAUUCAAAAGUACCACCUGGUCUGUUUGUUUUGGAGAGGAAGAGACCUCUAGAUAAUUUGGCCCCUGGUAAAAACCUCCUGAACAACGAACAUUGAAGGAUUACUACCCAGGAGUUAAUGCGUGGCACAGAGGAGAAGUUUCAGCUAGUUGCAGGCUGCAGUCCUCACCAAUAGAUGCCACUAAAUCCUACACGCUGCUCCUUAAACACAAGGCAGUGACACUAUAGUUAGUUAUCAUUUAGCGACUGUCAGUGAAAUCAUUUCAACAUGAUAUAAUCAUAUUGGGUUAUUGUUAUUGCCAAAUUCUGCUUCGUUCAUCCCAAACACACUAACAUACAAAAAUAGUGAUUUCAAUUUUUCGAUUGAUGUGUGUGAAGAGUUUUGACAGUUUUAGUAUUUAAUGUGUGAUUUUGCCUACAUUUGCUAUAAUGUCAUAUUAAUUACCAGAAAAAAUAUUCAUCUCAAUAUUGUGGUGUUGAUUCCAACCACACUGAACACAGAUGUGCAUAAAGACAGGUAGAGUGUCAUGCAUAGAGAAUAUUAUAUUACAAUUUAGCCUGCUCCAUGACUGGAUUUGUUUCAUGCCUUGAAGCUUACUGCACUUCCAGGUUUCAUCCUCAUGCUCAGACUUGAUAUCUGUGUUUUUAUUAUUAUGAUAUAUCUUUUUUUUUUAUUGUACUGCACAUGGAUGUCUUCAGUAAUGUGCUCAAAAACCUGCCAUCCCUUUGUUUCCCUAUUUAUAUUUGAUUGACAUUUGAUGUGUUGUGCUCAUACAAAGUCUGUUUACAUGGCUGCCAUUGUUGAGAAUCAUGUUAGCAUCACUGUUGUCUUCAAGAAGGUAAAAAUCUAACUGGUGUGUGCCUUAGUUAUCUGAAUGUACUUUCCCAAUUUUUCGUUUGUUUUUUGUCCCGUGCUGUACUGUAAACCCUCCAACGUAAGGACGUAAUGACGAACCGUUUUCAGUCGCGGAUGGAUUGUUUGUAUGCUUUCAAAUAAAUUUUAAUCAAUGAAAUUUCAACUAAAACUAGAGGAGGAGCCGCAGUUGCAUCAUUAAAUGCCACAAGUACUGUGAUGUAA